ACAUGCCUAGCGAAUGGGUUUUUCUUGUCAUCUGCCUAAUCCCGAUGGCCUCCGGGGGAACAACGGCGCCACCUUUGAGCGCCAGUCCCAUAGUCUUUGCCAGGAAUCUAUUCCGAGUCCUAAAUGAGGAGAAUCCUCCCAAGAACAUGAUGGUUUCUCCGGCAGCUGCCCGAAGUGCCAUGACCUUGGUUUUCAUGGGAGCUGGUGGCAAAAGUAUGGAAGAACUGCGUUCUAAAUUGAUCCUCGGAGCAGCCAAUAAAACCGAAAUCGCCAAACAGAAUAUGGAAACCUGGAUAGACGAGUGUUCUUGUGCCAAAAAGGGAGUGAUCCUAAAGUUGGUCACUCGAUUGUAUGUUAAUAGUGAAGAUAAAAUCCGACCGGAAUUUAACACAAAGGCCAUGGACUUCUUUAACGCUCAAGUUGAUCCCCUAAACUAUUUGCAACCCGAAGAUGCUGUGAAGAAGGUUAACAAAUGGCUGGAGAAGCAAACCUUUUACACAGUGAGAAAUCUCUUCACCCCUGAAGAUAUCAAUCCCGAUUCCAGUGUGAUGCUGGUCAGCUCUCUGUUCUUUCGUGCCAAAUGGGCCAAGAUCUUUCCUGUGGAAAAUACAAAGGUUGACGACUUCUGGAUUAAUCCCCGUCAGCGAAUGGAACUUCCAAUGAUGCAACAGAUCGGUCAAUUUCGAUAUGGCGAAUCCAAGAAACUCAAGUCGCAGAUUCUGCAGAUUCCCUUCGAGAAAUCCAACAUUACCUUGAUGAUAAUCCUGCCAACGGAUAUCGAUGGGUUGCCAAAAUUGGAGGAGAAGCUGGGACUGGUUGAUCUAAAUGAAGUGGCGGCAAAAAGUCUGUUAAAGGAAGUGGAUGUGACGGUACCCAAAUUCAGAAUAGAGUGCGAAGUGGAUCUAAAAGUGCCAAUGCAAAAGUUGGGAAUCAAUCGCAUAUUUGAACCUGACCAAGCGGAUUUGAGUGGCCUGUUUGCCGAUAAAACACCUCAAAGAAUUUCGGAAGCCAGACAUAAACUAUUUCUAAAUGUUACCGAAACUGGUUGCGAAACAGCUCCUGAAACGAAAGACAUUAAGCCAGAAGUCAUCAAGGACAAUCCCGAUCGCAAGGUUUUCAAGGCUGACCGACCCUUCGUUUUCGCGAUUCGCAACAAGAAAAACGUUUACUUCGUGGGCCAUUUCAGUAAGCCCUAAUUGAGCAGGAAUGUUGCAAGUAUUUUGAUGGUGAUGGCCCCCCGGCAAUCACGGCAAAACGGCCAAACAGCAAUACCCCAAUGAACAUCAAAUUAUUGCCAAACAAAUGUACACAAUGCAUCCAAAAUACAAAACCAGCGGGCACAGGCAAACAUUUA